CCAGGUAUCUGAGCUAUGCUAUGCGGCUGUUUGGACCCCAUGAGCAUACUUGUGAUAGCCAUGACGUGUUGCUUCAGCAGCAGGUGAUAGUAUCUCUCUAUGCAGCUUGCGUUAUCGGUGUUGCGUUUCUUGUCCACUGUUUGUGGGGUGGUCUUCUCUACAAUACUGGCUGACAUAUGUCUGCUGUAGGUGGUGGUGAGUACAAGUGGGGCAGAGAAAGAGAGAGAGAGAGAGAGAGAGAGAGAGUAAGAAAGUUAAAAUGGAUUCCGUUUUUUCUUUCAUGUUUCCAUCUUUUUCCUUUUUGUGUCAUGUGGAGUGACCUUGCUAUGCAGCUGGGUUGGAAUUCCUGCAUGCAUGGGAGUUGGGAGUCGUUUGAGAUUACCUUGCAGAGUUGAACUUGUUGCCAGUACGAUCAUUGAGAUAUUGUCUUGGUUCCUUGGUCGUCAGCUGGACGGCUGGUGCCGAGGGAGUACAUGGGUACAAUCCCAGGAGACUCUGAAAGACGUCCUGUACUGCCUGGGGAUCCUGACCACCUCUGCUGCUGCUGCUGCUAGUGCUUCUUCUUCUUCUUCUUCUUCUGCUGCUUCGCAUAACGCCUUACAAUCGACGUAGUUUGAGAGCCUCCAGGUUCUUAAAGAUUGUCCUGUCUCUCUCCCUGCAGGCCCAUGUGUGUGCCGUUUCGUGCCAUUCAUGGAAGUCUUAUGGCCACUGUCGUUAGUCCCUCCGGCUGGAAAUAUUAUCGUCGCGAGCUGCUUUCUUCUUGGGCAGCAGCGAGCAGCCGUGUAUCGCUUAAGUUAAAGCUUCUUGCUGCCGACUGGUCAAGUUCUGCCGGCUCCGAUUCUUCUGCUUGCUUUCUUUCCUGCUUUGCGGGGUUCUAAGUCCAAAUUAGCGCGUGGUUGGAUCUUCGCGCAAUAAGUACCUUUUGGGACGAGAUGAAAUAGUGGUCAUCGGUUCAAAACAUCCAUCUGAGUAUGUGGGAUGAAAUGUAACUCAAUUCUGCCACACAAGACUUGGGCGUUGAAAAAAAGAAAAAAGAAAAAACUCUUAGAUUAGUCGGCCAGAUACCUAGUUUGUUUCUCUACAUGGAAGUUCUGGUGGAGGAGAAGCGCAGUUUGUCCAGAAUGUCCCUUCUUUCUCUCACGUAGAGUUGAGGCCGCAUUGAAAGAUAUGGGUACUCAGCCAGCUUUAGAGGGUGUGAAGCAGGAGCCAGCAGCUGGAAAUGAAGGCAUGGCCAUGUCCUUAGAUCACAGCUCAACCACCGUAAGUGAUGGCGGCAGCCCACAGCAGUUGAAUGGAACCAAAACCAACAGUGUCUACGUGAGUCAGCUGAAAGCAUGCAUUCUGCAGAAAAGGUACAAGGCUGAACCCACGGAUACCGCAAGCACGGAGCUGGAAGAUGCAGAGAGCCCCUCGGGCGCUCAAUGGAGCCAUGAUCAUGGCACCACCGUCCUUAACCCGGUACAGACGCCUUCCGUAACUAAACAGCCAAACCCUGCGCCAUUCUUUAACUGGCCUCCUUCGAAUAGAGUACCAAGCUUGGAAGUUGAAGCUACUAAGAAUGUACGCACUCCAUGCCGACAGUUUUGGAAAGCUGGGGACUACGAAGGAGUGCCUACCAUCACCACACAUCAAUCAGGUGGAAUAGAUCACGUGCGCGUUCACCCAAAGUUUCUCCACUCCAACGCAACAAGUCACAAAUGGGCUCUUGGAGCAAUUGCCGAAAUCCUAGACAACUCAAUGGACGAGGUGAAAAACGGUGCGACGUUUGUGAAUGUGGACAUGAUAAGGAACCCACGUGACGGAUCGCCGAUGCUUUACAUUGAAGACAAUGGUGGUGGUAUGACUCCCGAACGCAUGAGGGAAUGUAUGUCAUUGGGCUUCUCUACGAAGAGCAAAAGCGGGAAUACGAUUGGCCAGUACGGGAAUGGGUUCAAGACGAGCACUAUGCGACUGGGGGCGGACGUGAUUGUGUUCUCCCGCUCACCGGCUGAUGCCGGACGGAGGGCAACACAGAGCAUUGGUGUACUUUCCUUCACCUUCUUACGAAGUACGGGACACGACGAUAUUGUAGUGCCCAUGGUAGAUUACGAGCUUAAGGAUGGAAUGAUCUGUCCUCUGAUCAGGAGUACGGCCAAAGAUUGGGCCCAUAAUCUGCGGACAAUCCAACAGUGGUCUCCUUAUUGCACUGAACAUGAUCUUUUCACCCAGUUUUUCGGAAUGACUGAGAAAGGAACUAAAGUAAUUAUUUACAACCUUUGGGAGGAUGAACACGGCCGAGUCGAACUUGACUUCGAAUCUGACCGCCACGACAUUCAAGUUAGAAGUGAGGACUUGGACGAGAGAAAAAUUGCCAUGGCGCAGCGUUACACUUACUCAAGACACUAUCUUACCUACCAGCACUCAUUGCGGAGUUAUGCAUCUAUCUUGUAUUAUCGACAUCCUCCGGGGUUCCGAAUCAUCCUGAGGGGUCAAGAUGUUCCACAUCACAAUCUGGCUGAUGACUUGAUGUACACUCAAGAGCUCAGUUACAAGCCUCAAGGGUUUGAAAGUUCUAGGGACGUUAAGAUGGUUGCAACGGUGGUUAUGGGAUUCAUUAAAGAUGCAAAGGAGCAUGUAGAUGUCCAGGGCUUCAGCGUCUAUCACAAGAACCGCCUUAUCAAGCCAUUCUGGAGAGUCUGGAACACUGCAGGAAGUGAUGGACGAGGCAUUGUUGGAGUGCUUGAAGCCAAUUUUGUAGAGCCGGCUCAUGACAAACAAUCUUUUGAGCGCACUGCUGUAUUAUCUCGUCUAGAGUUGCGAUUAUUGCAGAUGCAAAAAUUAUACUGGGCUAACAACUGCCAUCUUGUUGGAUACGUCAACAAAAAGUUGAACCGGAGAAAUAGUAGGCAAGUUGCCUCCGAAGCAGAAUUCCGUACUAGUGUUGUCCAAGUCGAAGGCCAUCCGUAUGGAAAUCUUGAUACUCUGUUAGAAGGACCACGGUCAUCAACACCUGGAUUUCCACUUAACAUGCCCGUUAACAUGCCCAGAGUGGAUGUUGCCAGUCCUCCGAUUGACAUGGGUUUCCACCUUGUCUACCGCAAUCGGUCAUCGUCAAAACCAGGUCCUCCAGGUCUAGACUUAAGCUACGAAGUUGACCGGAGUGGGUCAGGUACACCUGAAGUAUCCACACCUUAUAAGAAUUUCAUUUGGCAGGCAUCAGAAUCUGAGUCACGGGAAUCUCCUGGUGAUGGCAGAGGUCGGGAGGAUCUUGUGAGCGGAUUUGAAACACUGCAGAUGGUGAGGAGAGGAGCCGCAGAUCCAGCGACUUUACAUGGGCUUCUUACCAAUGUGAACGGCCAAGGCCAACCCUUUGAUAUGGAAAUCACCAGAGAGCUUGAAGAGAACAAGCAGCUCCGUGAUAGGGUACGAAAGCUGGAGCAGGCCGAAGAGAGAAGCUUGCAUAUCGAGAUUGAUAGAAAUCGCAAACUGGAAGCACAGCUCCUGGAUAUGGAACAACAAGAAGCAGUUGAUCGGCGUUGCUUAGAACAGUACACUCGAGAACGGGACAAUCUUCGAGCUGCUCUCGCGGAAGAGCGGCGCUUGCACGAACAUGAUGAUGAAGAUAUGCGGAAAAACUUGAAGGUUUCUCUAUUGCGGGCUCGAGAACUUGAAGCUGAAAACAAUCGGUUGCGGCUGCUACAUAGCUGAACUGCCGACGCUCUGAUGAACAGUGUCCUCCACUCCUGUAUAAUACUGUUCUUUCAUAACAUAGACGUAGCAUUGAGCAGGAUUAACACAUUUGCAGGAGAUGUCUUCUGAAAAUAGACUGCUUAAAUUCCAGGUGAUACAUCUCUAUGUUUUUUAUCUAUUGAACCCUGAUCAGCUACAAGAAUACUAUUCAGAUACUUAAACCGCUCAUAAUUUUCACUUGUUCCAUCAUUAAGUGCUGAAGGAGGUGUGUUCUGUCAACGAGUUUAAAAUGUAUAUGCAUCUGACGUCGCCUGGACAAGUAUGCUGCAAAAGUAGCUUUAGCGACGCGUGAAAAUGAUACGCUGUCGUCUGUUGUAGAUAGGAGUAUUUUCAUGCCAGCUUCUCCGAAGAUAUAUUGAGCGUAAGAGAGACGUAAGGAUGACUCUCAAUACCAUCUCCCGCAAGACUUGCUACAGACGGAUCUUCUUCUGUUGCCCAAAAUUUUCCACUCCCACUGUCGUUCCAUGUCCCUCAGUAUAGUUAGACAAUUUUUAUAAUUCAUGAGACAAUGCACUUGAGAAUGAGGAAAUUAUUUGAGAAAAAUA